AAUCUUAACAAAAAAAUAUAAUAAUGAAUAAGUGAACAAUUUAUUCAUAAAAAGAGGAAAUAUUCACGUUCCAUAACAGAUAUAGCUGUUUUUUUCACACUAGGCCUGGACUAUAUAUUUCUUUAUACAUUUAUAUAUUUAGUUUCACUGAUAUUUCUUGUAUCAUCAUUUAUUUAUUUAUAAAUAUUAAUACCCUAUUUAUUUCUUAAUAUUUAGUUGUAUAAACAUAAGGAAUGUGGGCCUACUUUACAUUAUUAUUUACUUUUUAUUUUCAUUAAUUCAUUAUCAUUUUUGUUUAACCGUUGGAUGCGUAAAAGAAAAGUCAUGAUAUAUGAAAAAUUACUUUAUUGUAUGUAUCAUUUCAGCUAAAGGUAGCGGUUCGAGUUGAAUGAUGGAGGUUUGAGGCGGGACGCUGCAAUCAGUGUCAAGAAAAGGGCCAAAAGCAAGAGGGAAACUUCAGGACUGUUUCUUUUCUUCUUCUCAUUACACAUUUCAGUCUAAUCAGUGUCUCAGGAGAGGAAAACAAUAACUCACUGCACACGCUGAUCAAACCCAACCGACUCACGCACAACAGCUUCCCCUGGAACACUUUGGUUCAAUUUUACACACACACACACACACACACACACACACACACACACACACACACACACACACACACACACACACACACACAUCAGCCUGCCUGGGUCUGACUCAGCUGCCAUUCAGACUGAGCAGCGUCACCCGGGUUAUUUUCAAUCAUUAAAAGCAUUAAUAGCUAUCAGAUUAUGUUGAGAGAAUCCCUUCCAGAUUAUCAUUUACUCAAAUAACCGCGCUGAAAACGUCUGUGGUCAGAACAGGACACCUCCCUCCCUCCCCGGCGGGCAGGGGGCAUAAAUCUACCCACCCACCCGAAUAUAGGCCACCAAUUACAAAUGUACAAACACCUCAAUUAUAGACACACAUAGCCCACGUUAUAUUGUUGGCUAACAACUCACAUCCCCGCCGCAAACACACACAUGGACACACGCGCGCGCUCAGGACCACACAUGAGCAGUGCGCGUUACCGGCUGUGAUUUACGCUCGCCAAAUUCAUUCUAACGCGCUCGGUAUUAUCUGCAAAGCACCGGGAAUAGGCUGUGUUUUAUUAUUCGGUUGCCUCUGGUGGUGCAGAAGCAAACCCGCCCCCCACCCCUCCUUCCCCUCCCUCCCUUCCUCCCUCUCCCGUACUCUCUCAGGGAGGGCGCGCGUGCGUGUGUGUGAGAGCUGUUGGUUUUUUUUUAUUUUUUUAUGGGUCUAACAACAGAAGGAGGAAGACACACAGGGAGAGAAAGAAUCAAUUUAACGCGCGGAGGAUUCCGACGUGAUUGCGCAAUCUCACCGGGAAACGGAGGAAGAUUAGAAAGAGAGAUUGAAUGAGAAUUAGAAAGAGAGAAGGGGAGCGGGAGAUUGAAGAAGGGAAAUAGGAAAGGAGAAGGGGGAGCCCCCCCCCCCCCCCACACACACACACACACACAACACACACACAACACACACCACCUCUUCCUCUCGCCAACGAAAGGAAAAGGGGCGAACGAAUGCCAGACACAGAAGCUCCCCAUUGGUCAGUCUGAGGUCAGCUGGUCUCCCCCCUCCCUCCCCCAAGAUCCCUCGUCACCCCAUCCCGUCUUCUCCGCACACAAACACACACACGCACACACUCUCCCUUGUUCUCCCCCCCUUCCCUCCUCUCUCUCUCUGUCCCACACUGGCACUCAACCACCCAGAUACCCCGUCUCACCCUCAGCCUCCUCACCCCCUCCUCCCAAUCUGUGAUAAACUAAGUGAUAGCAGCAGCCCGUCGGACUGUCGGCUAUAAAACACAACAAAUCAUAAAGUGCAGGCAGGGGAAGGCAGAGGUAGGAGGACGGGAGGGAGAACCGUUAGCUUUUAGCCGUUAGCCUCCUUCUACUCCUCCUUCUUCAUCGCGUUGUUGUUGUGUUUGUUUCGUGCCCUCCUGUCCUCCCCUCUCCUCUUCUUCUCCUCUCUUCUCUUCUCCCCCUUUUUCUCGUCUCAUACUUUCUCCCGAUGAGUUCCUAUUUUGUCAACUCCUCUUUCCCGGUGACGCUACCGGGGACGGGUGGAGGCGGCCAGGCGGCGGAGUCAUUCCUGGGUCAGAUCCCGCUCUACUCGUCGGGAUACGCCGCCGACCACUCGCUCAGGCACUACCCGGGGGCAGCGACCGUUACCGCUGCCGCGGCCGUGGCUUACGGUGCGAGCGGCGGCGGCGUGCACCAGGAGAAACCGUAUCCGGCAUCCACCUACUACCAACAGGCGGCCAACGGAGCGUACGGCGGGCACAGAGCAGCGGCAGCAGCGGCGGGGGUCGGUGUAGGGGGUGCGACCGGAGCCUGCGACUAUGCUACAGCGGCGGCGGCUGCGGCUGCGGCCGCUGCCGCUGCUACGAGUUUCUACCGGGACAAGGAGCACCCGUGCAGCCUGGAGGAACACCAGCUCGCGCUGAGCCAGGACGGCAUGCACCGUAAAGCGGAGUGCGCGGGUCUGAGUGGGAAGGGGCUGUUCGGUGAAACGAUGGACGACAAGCACGCGGCGUCAGCGCCCAUUUAUCCGUGGAUGCAGCGGAUGAACUCGUGUAACGGAACCUUCGGCAGCCCCGGGAGGCGCGGCCGACAGACAUACACCCGCUACCAGACGCUCGAGCUGGAGAAGGAGUUCCACUUCAACCGGUACCUCACGCGGCGGCGGCGGAUCGAGAUCGCGCACGCGCUCUGCCUGACAGAGCGGCAGAUCAAGAUCUGGUUCCAGAACCGGAGGAUGAAGUGGAAGAAGGAGAACAAGUUGAUCAACUCCUCUUCUUCUUCCUCCUCCUCCUCCUCCUCUUCAUCCACAGUGAACGGUGUAGAGGAAGAGGAGAAACGGACGAACUGAAAGAGGAGGAAAAAGAGAAAUAAACUGAUGUGACACACAUAGAAGAGGAGGAUGGAUGAAGAGACUUGCUGGUUAAUAUCUAUCUGUCCCCGUCUCAAAGUUCGUCCAGACGUUUGUCUGGUGAGAAAACUCUUAAGGGGAAAAGCAGCCAAGAUUUUCUUUUUUUUUUUCUUUUUUACUUGAGGAAGAAAGAGGCAGAAUAGAAUCCCCUUUUUGAGCCCGUUGCCACCCACUUAAAAGUUAUAUCCAACUGCUUCUCCAGGCUGAAUUCGCCGCUGUCUGGAAACAGCAGAUGAAAUGACGAGUCGGGUAAAAAAGGAAAAGAAAAAACAGAGAAAUAGCAACAUAAAAAAACUAAAGGGGGUUAUGGUGGUUCAGGUUAUCUGACAUCGUGUUUAAAAAUACAGCACAGUAUAACCUGCAACCUAACGGUGACACAAUGUGUUAUUGCAUUCCAAGAAAAACCACCUAACUCCUCAUUGUACUUAGUUUUUGUUCUUGUCAAAAUGUACUUCCUUUCUGUCAGGCACUUGCUUUGAAGCUUUAGGACUCGACGUCGAGCUCUGCCCCCCCCCCCCCCCCCCCCAACAGUUUUUUAUCCUAUUUUGUAAACGUGUUGUGUGUAUUAUUAUACCUUCAAUUACACGUGCAAACGAGCUCAUAUAAUAUGGAGCGAGGAGGGAGAGCUACCUGAGAGUUGUAUGUAGCCUGUGUCAUACGGUGUUAUAUUUAAACUGUAUAGAAAUAAACAAGGAGAAAUCACCUUGUAUGGUGAAAAAUGCAAGUGCGGGGGGGGG